CUCCCUCCCCUACUCUCCACCUUCGCUCGCUCACACCCAACGCUAGAAGAAGAUAUCAUGCUCGAGCUUCUCUAACACCACCACCACCCCCUUCAUUCUUUCUCUGGCACCGGAACUAGUUUUUCCUUCAAUAAAUAACUCGUAGGAAAUGGCGCUUUUGCAACACGCGCCGGCAGUCGAUCGAGCUCUCUUCUUGAAUUCUUCUUCAUCUUCUACUUCUUUCCAUCAGCUUAUGCUUCAGGGCCCUGCUUUCUUCCCUGGCCAUCUUCAUAGGAGAAGGGUUACCUUCGAGGUCAGGGCAGGGGCUUCUCCAAUCAGCCCAAAAGAUUGCAUUGUAGAAGGACCCGGAAGGCGCCAAGCACUUGCAUUAGGAGCAAUUACCACUUGCAUAUCUUUAACUUAUGCCAAUUCUGCAUCAUUUGCAGCAGAGGUUAAGAAAGGAUUUCAAUCUGUCGUAGACCAGAAGGAUGGAUAUUCAUUUCUCUACCCAUUCGGAUGGCAGGAAGUUAUUAUUGAAGGACAAGAUAAGGUGCUCAAAGAUGUUAUUGAACCAUUAGAAAGUGUUAGCGUUUACAUGGUUCCAACUACCAAGCAAGAUGUUCGAGACUUUGGACCCCCACAAGAGGUUGCUGAUACUUUAAUCCAAAAGGUUUUGGCUCCUCCUUCACAGAAAAUAAAGUUAGUUGAGGCAGCAGAGCAUGAUGAUGAUGGGAGAGCUUAUUACACCUUUGAGUUCAUUGCUCGGGCUCCGAACUUCACUAGACAUGCUCUUGGUGCAAUUUCCAUUGGGAACGGUAAAUUUUACACCCUGACAACAGGAGCCAAUGAAAGGAGAUGGGAGAAGAUGAAGGAUAAGCUGCAGACUGUCAUCAAUUCCUUUAAGGUGUUUGAUGUUUAUGGGGGAUGAAAGACUAUUUUGCUAUUCAAUUGGUUCUGUAUUUUUUUUCAAGAUUCUCCCCAUUUUCAGAGCAAAUCAUCAGCUUUGCAAAACUGUUUUUUUUUUUUAAUAAAAAAAACUCUUACAUAUUGUCAUCUUUCAAUAUAAUCAAUGUGCAACACAGCUGAAUGAUGCUUGUAAACCAUAACAUCAAGUUCACUGACAAGACAAGCAAAGCAUGAGCAAGAUAACCCACAAAACCCACCAAGAGAAAUUAAAAGCAUAAGAAACUUAAGUUCUUUAAUAUGGAAUAUUCUCCUCCUCCAAAAUUUGUUCCCAUUCAACUACAUGAGCAAAAGAGAACAUUCAAAAGUGUUUGGGGAGAAGGUGGCCAAGAGGAUGCGAAGAAGGUGUAUUGGAUGCCAUCUGUGCGGUUAUGGGGGCUUUUGAAUUUUUCUUCGUCUCUCCCAUGCACGUAUGCAUGGAUAAAAAUAAAACGUCGACAAGUGCGGAGGACCGGUCGCCAACCCAACAUUCUCGGACAUCCCUGAAACUAUAAGUAGCUCUUCUUGCUCUCUAUAUAUUCUCUCUUCAACUCAUAUAUCGCAGGUUGAUCUCGAGAGGAAUUAAUCAAGCCCAGGAAGAAAUCAAAGAGGAUGAUGGCCUCGUCCCGAGUCCAUGUGUUGCUAGCCUCGUGGCUGCUGCUCUUGGUCAUAGCUCCAGUGUUGGUUGAAGGAGAAAACUGUGAUGAAUGCUACGCCAAAUGCAAAAAAGACGGCUUCUGGCAAAUCUUCUGCGUCCGCUGCCAUGCCUGCAAGAUUGCUGAGGAAUGGCAUAGACCAAUGCCGCCCAACAGCCCUCCUUUCGAGGACACCUACGAUCCCUACUUUACAGUGGAGCACGCAAAAACGGCAGGACAACCACCGGCACCGGCGCAAGAAGUGGAGAAUUAGAAAGACAUGAUUUGUUUGGAAGGGUCGUGGGCUCCUGUCAAUCUCUUAAAUACUUCCUCCUGAUAUCCUCUCCUGCUGUAAACGAAGAGAGCACCAACUUGGUGCUUGUUUGGUCUCUGUCAAUUUGUUGUACUUUGUUUUCUUUGCUGGCUUAAUAAUGGGGUGGGAUUUCCCUCUCCUUGUGUGAAAAAUAAAAAGUUGAAGAAACUUCUAUGAGCAUUCUUGUUUAUGCA